AUGGUCGGCCCUGCAGUAGCGGCAGCAGUGGCGGCAGCAGUGGCGGCAGCAGUGGCGGCAGCAGGAGCCUGUCUGUCUCGGAGUGCGCAACGGACUCUUGGGGGAAAAGGCGGGAGUCAUCGUCAUUUGCUCCGCAACCGCCAGCAGACGCGAGCCUCGACACUCCGACCGCGCUUCCUCGGCACUCCGACUCUGCACCACGCAAUUACAUCUACAUCUACAUCUACACCUACACCUACAUCUACAUCUAUACCUACACCUACAUCUACAUCUAUACCUACACCUACACCUACAACUACACCUCCACUUCCACCUCCACCUACACUUACACCUCCACCUCCACCUCCACCUCCACCUACACCUGACGCUGCGCUGCGCCGUCUCCCAUUGACACCCCGCGCGCACACCUACCGACAGCAUACCGCGCACCCACACCCCCCCGCCAUGUCGUCCCCCACACUCCACGCCCGCGCAGAGGCCAAGCCCUUCGAGCACCGCUCCUGCCUCACCCCCGCCACCACCAAAAAGCUGCUCGACGCCGGCUACAAGGUCAACGUCGAGCGCAGCCCCACCAACCCGGACUACGAGCGCAUCUUCAAGGACAGCGAGUUCGAGGACGCCGGCGCCACCCUCGUCGACGAGGGCUCGUGGACCCACGCGCCCAAGGACCACAUCAUCAUCGGCCUGAAGGAGCUGCCCGAGGAGGACUGGCCGCUGCAGCACACCAUGGUCCACUUUGCCCACUGCUACAAGCAGCAGGCCGGCUGGGACAAGGUCCUGGCCCGCUUCCCCCGCGGCGGCGGCCUCCUCUACGACCUCGAGUUUCUGCACGACGACUCGGGCAGGCGCGUCGCGGCCUUUGGCUACCACGCUGGCUUCGCCGGUGCCGCGCUGGCCAUCAAGACCUGGGCAUGGCAGCUCACCCACCCCAACGGCGAACCCCUCCCCGGCAUCGACACCUUCACCCAAGGCCGCGGCUACUACAACACCGAGAGCGACCUGAUCGCCCAGCUCAAGGACGACGUCGCCGCCGGCGAGAAGGUCGCUGGCCGCAAGCCCACCAGCCUGGUCCUCGGCGCACUCGGCCGCUGCGGCUCCGGCGCCGUCGACCUGCUCCACAAGGUCGGCUGCCCCGACAUCAAGAAGUGGGAUCUCGCCGAGACCAAGGAGCGCGACGGCCCCUAUCCCGACAUCAUCGAGUCGGACAUCUUCGUCAACUGCAUCUACCUCUCCAAGCCCAUCCCGCCCUUUGUCGACCGCAAGAGCCUCCAGUCCCCCAGCCGCAAGCUCAGCGUCGUCUGCGACGUCAGCUGCGACACAACCAACCCCCACAACCCCAUUCCCAUCUACAACAUCAACACCACCUUCGACAAGCCCACCGUCAAGGUCGACGUCGACGGCACCGGGCCCACCCUGUCCGUCAUCUCCAUUGACCACCUGCCGUCGGCGCUGCCCCGCGAGUCGUCCGAGGCCUUCAGCAACGCCCUGCUGCCCAGCUUGAUGGCUCUCAAGGACCGCCACAGCACCCCCGUCUGGCAGCGCGCCGAGAAGCUCUUCCAGGAAAAGGUACACACCCUGCCUGGCGGCGUGCCCGCGAAGGAAGUAUAG